AUGUCUCUGUCCAACAAGCUGACCCUGGACAAGGGGUGGACGUGAAGGGGAAGAGGGUGGUGAUGAGGGUUGACUUUAAUGUCCCUAUGAAAAAUAACCAAAUUACAAACAAUCAGAGGAUUAAAGCUGCUGUUCCCAGUAUCCAGUAUUGCUUGGACAAUGGUGCUAAAUCAGUCGUUCUAAUGAGCCACCUGGGACGGCCGGAUGGUGUUCCCAUGCCUGAUAAGUACUCCUUGGGUCCAGUUGCUGUGGAACUUAAAGCUCUCCUAAAAAGGGAUGUAGUGUUUCUGAAGGACUGUGUGGGACCAGAAGUGGAGGCGGCAUGUGCUAAUCCAGCCACUGGGUCCAUUUUUCUCCUGGAGAACCUGCGAUUCCAUGUAGAAGAAGAGGGUAAAGGCAAAGAUGCAGCUGGGAACAAGAUCAAGGCAGAUGCUGCCAAGGUGGAUGCUUUCCGUGCCUCUCUGUCUAAACUUGGUGAUAUCUACGUCAAUGAUGCUUUUGGGACUGCACAUAGAGCUCACAGCUCUAUGGUUGGUGUUAAUUUGCCCCAGAGAGCUGCUGGGUUCCUAAUGAAGAAAGAGCUUGAUUAUUUUGCCAAGGCACUGGAAAACCCAGAAAGACCUUUCCUCGCCAUUCUUGGAGGGGCCAAGGUCAAGGACAAGAUUCAGCUGAUCAAUAACCUGUUGGACCAAGUGAAUGAAAUGAUCAUUGGUGGAGGAAUGGCAUUCACCUUUUUGAAAGUGCUGAACAACAUGGAGAUUGGUACUUCCUUGUUUGAUGAGGAAGGAGCCAAGAUAGUAAAGGACCUGAUGGCUAAGGCUGAGAAAAACAAUGUAAGGAUUACUCUGCCUGUGGACUUCACAACUGCUGACAAGUUCGAUGAGAAUGCCAACACUGGGCAGGCCACAGUUGCUAGCGGAAUCCCAGCAGGAUGGAUGGGUCUUGACUGUGGGCCAGAAAGCAUGAAGCUGUUCGUAGAAGCUGUGGGAAGAUCCAAGCAGAUUGUUUGGAAUGGUCCAGUUGGUGUGUUUGAAUGGAACAAGUUUGCUGAAGGAACUAAAGCAGUAAUGGACAAGGUCGUGGAAGUCACAGGCAAAGGAACCAAAAUCCAUCAUUGGUGGUGGAGAUACUGCAACCUGCUGUGCAAAGUGGGAUACUGAAGACAAAGUCAGCCAUGUCAGUACUGGAGGAGGCGCUAGCCUGGAACUGCUUGAAGGUAAAGUCCUUCCUGGUGUUGCUGCACUGAGCAGUGUCUAA